AAAAGGGGGGAAAUUGGGUGAGGAAGUUGCCUAUGUAAUGAAUUUUUUUUUAUUAAAUUGACAAACAUAGUCUAAGUUGGGUAUAUAUAGAGCAAAUUGGGUGCGAGCCGAUGGUUUGACGGCAGCCAUGUCCAACAGCCAGCCGGCGGCGGCGCACAGCCCCUACCGCCUAAAGAAGAUCCUAAGCAAGCACGCACUCUCCGUAUCCUGCGUCAAAUUCUCCAACGAUGGCGGCUUCUUCGCCUCCGCCUCCCUGGACAAAACCCUAAUCGUCUAUUCCACAGAAACCCUAACUCAAAUCUCGCACUUAAUCGGCCAUUCGGAGGGCAUCAGUGACCUCGCCUGGUCCUCCGACUCCACCUACAUCUGCUCCGCCUCCGACGACCGCACCCUCCGCAUCUGGCUCGUACGCGCCGCCGAGUGCGUCAAGACGCUCAAGGGCCAUACUGAUAGAGUUUUCUGCGUCAACUUCAAUCCGCAGUCCAAUCUCAUCGUCUCUGGAGCCUUCGACGACACCGUUAGGCUUUGGGAUGUCAAGACAGGGAAGGCAGUGCACGUCAUCCGGGCGCAUACCAUGCCGGUCACGUCCGCCCAUUUCAACAGAGACGGCUCUUUGAUUGUUUCCGGGAGUCAUGACGGCUCCUGUAAGAUUUGGGCUACGGCCACGGGCUCGUUGUUGAAGACUCUCAUUGAUGACAAGGUGCCCGCGGUCUCAUUUGCUAAGUUUUCCCCCAAUGGCAAGUUUAUUCUUGUUGCAACGCUUGAUGAUACUCUUAAGUUAUGGAACUACUCAAAUGGGAAGUUCAUAAAAAUAUAUACAGGCCAUGCGAACAGAGUGUACUGCAUAACUCCAACAUUUUCUGUCAGCGGUGACAAGUUAAUUGUCAGUGGCUCUGAGGAUAAUUGUGUAUACUUGUGGAAUUUACAGGGAAAAUUGCUUCAGAAACUUGAAGGCCAUACUGAUACUGUUAUCUCUGUAACAUGCCACCCCACAGUCAAUAUGAUUGUUUCUGCAGGACUUGAGAAGGACAAGACAGUGAGGGUCUGGGUUCAGGAAUAAUUUAUGUUUUGACAUAGUUAGCAGGUCAAAUUCAUCACUGUUAUCCAGCUGCUUUAGGAAACUGGUUAUCUGAUAAUUAAAUCUCAGCUAUUCCUGUGAUCUAAAGGAUGCCAGAUUCUUGAUCUCGGACAAUGAAAGCUUCUGGAUUUCUUAAAAGCGUAGUGCUCGGCUUGAUGAAGGGAUUCAAGGAGUUGAUUCCACCAAUUACUGUCCACAGCUAGAUUUUGAAUGCUUUAGAGAUUACUCUUUUAUUAAACUAUAAUUACGGCCUCAAUCUUCAAUGAGAAAGUAGAUGAGAGGCUGGGGCCAUUGGUGUGUGCUGGCAGUUGUUGCUGCUAACUACCAUUUUCUUAUUAAAGUAGGGGUGUAAAUGUAACCAUCGUAGUAUAUACAUAUUUAUUGAAAUCUUAUUGAGGCUUAAAA